UUCAGAAAUACAAGUAGGUCCUGUCUCUGGCAGGCUGUUCCAAACUCUUGAGGGCGGGCUCCCGGGCACAGUCGACAAAAUCUCUAUCUGCUUCUGGCUCUCCAUUCUCUCUGUCUGUUUCCACAGGUCUGACUGUGUUUUGAGCCCAUCACAAUGGCUGAUCACACUUCUCCAGAUUACUUCAGCUGCUCCCUGUGUCUGAACCUUCUGAGGGAUCCUGUGGCUAUACCCUGUGGCCACAGUUACUGUAUGGACUGCAUCAGCGGCUACUGGAACGAGGCUGACUACACAGGGAUUUACAUUUGCCCCCAGUGUAAGAUCACAUUCACCCAGAGGCCUGUGCUGCGGCCCAAUGCCACUCUGAGCAUGGUGGCUGAGAAGAUCAAGAAGAGCGGUCUGAACCUCAACCUCAACAUGUCUCAGGGGAAUGCCUACGCUGGACCAAGUGACGUCCCCUGUGACUUCUGCACUGGGAAGAAAUUUAAGGCUGUGAAGUCCUGCCUGAACUGUCUGGCGUCCUACUGCGAGAAGCACCUGAAGCCUCACUAUGAAUCAGCCACAUUCAAACGGCACAAGCUGGUGGAUGAGCUGGGAAACCUGGACAGGAAAAUCUGCCCGCAGCACCAGAAGUCCCUGGAGCUUUUCUGUCGAACAGACCAGAUGUGUAUCUGUGCUAUCUGCACAGUCAGUGAACACAGGGGCCAUGACAUUGUCUCUGCUGAGGCAGAGAGGGGUGAGAAACAGAAACUAUUGGGAGUCUCCCAAGCUGAGAUUAAACAAAAAUGCCAGGAGAGGGUGAAGGAGCUGGAGGAACUGAAGACUGCAGUGGAUUCACUGAAGAAUUCAGCCCAGAGAGCCAUGGUGGACAGCCAGAAGAUGUUCGAGGACAUGAUCCGCUCCAUUGAGAGGAUGAGGUCAGAGGUGACCAAGCUGAUUGGAAUCAACGAGAAGGCUGCUUUCAACCAGGCCGAGGCUUUGAUCGAGCGACUGGAACAAGAGAUCGAUGAACUGAAGAAAAAGGAGUCGGGGCUUAAGCAGCUUUACAGCACUGAGGACCACAUCCACUUUCUGCAGAACUUCAAUUACCUCUGCACUCCCACUGACGAUGGCUUCUUACCCAAAGUGACAGUCAACCCUGACUUUUCCUUCGGGAAUGUGAGGAAAGCUGUGGCUGAGAUCAAGGAACGCCUUGAAGAGUUUGGCAGAGAGGAGCUGCUUAAGAUCUCCAAGUCAGUGAAUGAGGUACCAGUCUACACUACAGCAAGUCGAACGUUGGACAGAAGGAGCAGAGUUAAAGAAAUGAUAGUGAACAACUCUCCUCCUCCAGAGCCAAAGAGCAGAGCAGAUUUUGUGAAAUACUUCUGCCAGCUGAAAUUAGACCCCAUUACAGCCUACAAAGAGCUGUUCAUCUCUGAAAACAGCAGAAAAGUCAUCCGCACCAGGGACCUGCAGCCCUAUGGAGACAACCAAGAGCGAUUUGACAGCUUUGCCCAGGUGCUCUGCCGGGAGUCCCUCUCUGGAGGCCGCUUCUACUGGGAGAUCGAGUGGAGCGGGGAGUUCUCCAUCGGAGUGGCCUACAGAAGCAUCAGCCGAAAAGGCAAAGGCUCGCUGUGUCUGCUGGGCUACAACGACAAAUCCUGGAGUCUCCUCUGUUCUGACACAGGUUACUCUGCCUGGCACAACCGUGUGGACAAAUCCGUCAAUGGCCCCCACUCCCCCAGGAUAGGCGUGUACCUGGACCACACUGCAGGUGUGCUGGCGUUUUAUAGCAUAAGCAACACCAUGACCCUCCUGCACAGGUUUGAGGCCACGUUUGUUGAGCCCCUCUAUCCGGGCUUUGGAGUUGGAACCUCAGUCAAGAUCUGCAAUAUCAAGUGAUCAUCGAUGUUUCAGCUCUCAUUUGAAGAUCUGAGAAUAUUUUGCAUUUGUUUCUUAUACUAUACAGCAAUGCUUUUGGAAUAUAUAUUUUUGCUAAAUUUUCACACUGUACCAAACCACAUAAAUUAAGUUUUAUUGCUUUUUCUUUUUUUUUUUUUUAGAAAAAAGUUACUUCCAAAUGUGUAUAUACUUUUUUAACCCCACAUAUCACAUACUAUGUUUUGCAUUCUGCUGUCAAAUCACAUUUUCAUGAUAGUUUUCUAAGAUCUUAUUGAAAUACGUAAUUACUGCAUAAUCACAAUAUCAAGAAAGUGUUAUCCCUUCAGGCUUCUGAUAGUAACUGCUGGACAAUUUUCUAACAUGUCAGUAUACAUGAGCUAAAUCUGUAAACAUUAUAUAUUCCCACAGGAAAUAUAAUACCAUUACAUUUUUAGAUUUACCCACAAUUAUUAUUUCAUUAAGUGUAUGACAUAUUUUAAUUCAUAAUGACUGUACCCUGAGGUAUGUUUUCUGAUGAUAGGUCAUUUCACUGUAGGCCAAUAUUAUUGCAUAAUGAAUUUUAAGUAUUACAAUGACGCUCAUGUUGGUGCAUUACAUUCAGAAUAUUUUAGUCAUUUCAUGUUGUGAUAUUAUCUGUUGUCAUAUCAGUUGCUGAAAGUCCUUAUAGUUUUUUUUCACUUGAACUAACCCUUAUUUAAUUUUGUGUAUGUUUACUUAUAUAAAGGCCAAACAGAGUAUAACUGUUUCCAGAAAAGACUUGU